AACAAAAAACCUCUACCAGUGUCAGGUAAACCAAAGCCUUGACCGGUUAUCCACCUUUCUUUGUUUGAGAACUGGUUUCAGAACUGGUAUUGCGUCGGGUCGAUUUAGAACUGGAUCUACCCUACCACUUUGUUUGGUUGAGUUCACUUAUAAAUUGCAGUUUGAGAUGUUCGCUCGAUUAUUCCAGUCUUGUUUUCCAUCCGCCGGUGAAAUGGAUUUAGAUAAUAUUUUAAAUUUCGAAACUCUUAAAUGUCACACGCAAUGUGUAAGUGUCGGAAAGCGUGUUCUGUGUGAAGAGUCGGAGGUGCCGCCGUCGAAAAAAAGACGGGAUGUAUUUAGUGUUGAUUCGUCGUUCGUCCCUCCAUCGGUAUCGGGAGUGAGGGAUAGCAGAAAGAGAGCGCCGUCAGAGGAAAGCGUCAUUUAUGUGGGGAGCGAAACACUCCCCCUAAAUCAGCCACGCAGCGAGAUGGGACGCUUAAUUCUAAAAAUUAAAAAAAAUACAGCGGUGGCGGCGCAAACUUUCAAAGUAGCGGCGGAGGUGCACGCUUCUCCAAGCGUGCAAACAUCAAAACACCACUCUACAUCUUUUGAAGAUAUUUCCGACUCUGAAGACGGGACAUCUGAUCACCCUUCACUUCAAACCUGCAACAAACCCUCUAUCGAGGGUUACCCCUCUAUCGGAGAUAUAUUAAAUAUCUCCGAAUUGGGAUCAUCACCUGAAGAGGGGUUAACACAGACACAUAUAACUCAACCCCAAGCUGAAGAGGAAAUACCCAUGAAACCUAUGACUGAGACCCAAGUCUGGGAAAAAGAGCUUAUAUCGAGAACAGAGCCGUCACUCACUAAUGUAGUGACGAGAGUUCUCCAAAUCCCCAACCGCGCAGAAGCUUACCACCAAGCAUUAUGUGAGGAUUUUAAGGGAGGACUUGUGUCGGCUCUUGAACGUCAUCAAGACCGCAUUCAGGAAAGGUUAAAUGAGAAUUUAAAGGAAAGUGAACUCCUUAAAAAAGCCAUCCAAAACAUUUUUUCAUAUGGUGAAAAAAUUUCCGAGGCUUUUCACGAGGAGAAUAUCCGGCUUUCACAGGAUCUCAUUAAUAUAAAAGCUUCCCUGGCCAAUGCUGUGAGGUCAGAUUCUCGAGACUUAUUCAACAAAAAUGUCGCUGGUGAUGUCCUGAGAUGCGGGAUGCGGGAUGAAGGUGCAUAAAGCGGUAUAUGUUGUAUUCUACCCCGUAGGUGGUCCCUGCAACCCUGUAUAGUUAGUAUUAAUGAUUUUAAAAGUGUAUAUAUUGGAUCAAUAUUUGUAUUUAUGUUUAUUUUUAGUUAGUAUUAAUUAUUUUUUAAGUGUAUAUAUAUUAAAUUUUAUAUUUAUGUUUA